AUGGCACGUCAAAGAGGUCAUUCAACUGCGUCUUCGACCUCCACCGUGCCGGAACGAAACCAGGAGCUGGAGAGCAUGUAUGAUUAUCUGGCCAAGGUUAUUCUUCUUGGUCCAAGUGGUGCCGGAAAGUCCUGUGUGCUCCACCGAUUUGUCAAGAACGAAUGGAGAGUGCUAUCAUCGCAAACGAUCGGAGUUGAGUUCUCCUCUAGAAUUGUCAAACUAGGCACCGGGCCACGACGAACGAGGAUCAAACUGCAACUUUGGGACACUGCUGGGACGGAGAGGUUUCGAUCUGUAUCAAGAUCCUACUACAGGGGAGCUGCGGGGGCAAUUCUUAUUUAUGAUGUCGCAUCCCAGGCCUCGUUUUCCUCCCUUCCGACCUUUUUAAUGGAUGCGCGAGCUCUCGCGACUCCGAAUCUCACUGUUCUCCUCGCUGGGAAUAAGGCUGAUCUUACAAAUGAGUCAGUUCCCAGCGGUGACUACCAUGAAGAUGGAAUACGCCCCCCAAUGACCCCGUCCAGCACGUCUAGCCGACAGUCAUCGUUUCCGUAUGAUUCUGUGGCUGGUUCCUUUCGUUCGAGCAAUAUGGGGGCGGGUACCAGGAUGACUGCUACGAAUGACUCAUAUGGUCGCGAAGUCGGUGUUGAAGAGGCUUCCCACUGGGCUGCUAAGUCUAAUAUUCCGGCUGUCGUUGAGGUCUCUGCUCUCACGGGAGACGGCGUAGAGGAGCUCUUUCAACGACUUGCGCGCAUCAUACUCACGAAGAUUGAGCUCGGGGACAUCGACCCCGAUGACCCGCAAAGUGGUAUUCAAUAUGGAGAUGGCGGCGUUUAUGGCCAUGGCACGAGUGAUGCUUCAAGCAUAAGAAGCCAGAUGACACUUGAUGACAGUGCUGUCCAACUCCACCGGAGAAAUACAAGGCGACGAGGCGGUGGAGGUAACUGGAGGACAGGCAUGGGCGAGUGGGAAGACGUUUUCCGACUGAGCGGAUCACCUAAUAGGAAGCGAUCAGGAUGUUGUUGA